CUUCUCAAUUCAGCGUGCGGUGACUGACGACUGACAGAUAGAGGGAAUCGCCCGCAGAAGCUGUAGACCUUGCUCAAAACAGAUCAAGCUCCAUCAAGAAGUGGGUGUGCUCGACUCCGACUGAACGGGUGACAUCAUGGUCCAUUGGCCCGAGUUAGAGCAAGAGCCCUAUGAUCCCGAGGAGUUCGUGGAGCGCUUGGCUUGGCGCACCACGGGACAAGGCGUACCCGUCUCCGGCGGGGCCGCCAUGAGCCGAGCCAUUAACGGCCAUGUCCCGGGUGUGGAACCCUUCGACGAGAGCUCACUCCAACUCCACGACGCCUUCGUUCAAGCCAUCAAGGACCUGACCCUGAUGCACGAGACGCAAACCAAGAAAUGCCAGUUGCUCGAACAAAAAUGUCGGGAAGAGGAGCAAGCCCAUUGGCGCCGAGUGGCCUCUCUGAUUGAGCGGAAUCGGUCGGCGGCUUUUACUUACAAGUCCUUGGACGAGAAGAUCACGUCCGUGGCCACCAAAGUGGUGCACCUGGGGGAUCAAUUGGAAUCGGUGAACACACCCCGAGCUCGCGAUGUCGAGGCUCUGAAGCUCAUGAAGCACUUUGACGAGUUCUUGGGCGGGGAAGCCAACCUCUCGCCUGUGUUCAAUGACAAAUCCCGAUUGCACGAAGCGGCGGAUAUCAUCUUGAAAUUGCAAUUGAUCGCCCAGGAAUUGCCGCGCAAGAAAAAGUUCACCAUGGCCAUCGAAGGGAUUGAGACUAAAUACUCGGAGAUCGAGCGGACUUUGAGCGAAGAAUUCGCCAAAUCACAUCGAUCUGACGACAUCACUCGUAUGAAGGAUUAUGCGCUACUCCUGUCCAAUUUCAAUGGCUACAAUCGCUGUAUCGACGACUUUAUUGAACACAUCCAGUUGCAACAAUACCGGGGCAAGGAUAUCUUCCGAGAUAUUGUUCCCUUAUGUCAAUCCAGUUGGGACUUGAUCCGUCAAGUAUUUCCAAACCCAGAGCAAGUCAUGUCCAAGUUCGUGUUAAACAUCUACCAUCAUAAAUUAAACGAGUACAUUGCCAACAACUUGACGGAUACUAGUAACAUGGAAGCGUACUUGAAGAAAUUGAACAAUUUAUUCGACGACACCAUGAAACUCACGGCCAAUCUGGCGCCUUAUAACUUUGGAACGGAUCAUCAAUUCUUGAGCAACUUGACCAAGAAAAUCUUUCAAACCUACUUGGCUUCUUACAUCACCAACGAGGUCCGAUAUCUGAAUGAGAAAUGCACCAUCAUCCUCCAGCGGUAUUACCAGAGCUUAGGCCAUCAGAAGAAGCAAUUGUCCACGGGAACAGAAAAACUCAACGACUUGAAACGGGAUAUUCAAGGCUUGAUUGCCAGCAAGGCCAACAUCAACCUGGACACAUCCGUCUCAUAUGGUGGGGAAACGUUUCUCAGUGAAGAGGUGGCCAUUAACAUUCUUCAACUGACGAAAUCCGCCUUCAAACGGUGCAAGAGCCUUUCGAACGAGGGAGACUUGUCCUCGAAUGCCCUCGAGAUCUUGGGUAUCCUCAUAAGUUACUUACUCCAUGAGCAUAUCGACUACGCCGUCGAAUUGGGAGUCCAAGGGAUCCCCAUGCCAGAAGUCAAGACCAUUCCCGAGCUCUAUUUCUUCGACGUGAUCGGUCAAACCAACACCAUGAUUCACUUGUUGGAAAAGCAGUUGAGCGAUAGUGUGAUCCCCUUGGUGGAGAAUACGUCCAAACACCAGGAUUGUAUCGAUUUGAAGCGGGCGGAGCUGCGAAAGAUCGAGGCCAAAUUGGAUGUAGGCUUAGAUCGGAGUCUAAGCUCGAUUGUGGGCUGGGUCAAGACGAUUCUCCAACAAGAGCAACGCAAGUCCGAUUUCAAUCCCGCGCCCAAUGAGACGGAGUUGGCCACCACAUCGCCGGCUUGCCUCCGGGCGAUCAAGUUCAUCAACCACCAAACCACUAAGAUCCGAGACACAUUGGAUGGCAAAAACAUCGAGUCCGUUCUUAUGGAAUUGGGCACGAGGCUCCACCGAGUGGUGUAUGAGCAUUUAACCCAAUUUCAGUUCAACAGCUCCGGAGCCAUGGUCGUGAUUUGCGAUGUACAAGAGUACCGCAGAUGUGCCGCCCAAUUCAAGGUGGGCACGGUGAAUGCUCUUUUUGAUAUCUUGCACGCCAUGUGUAACCUAUUGAUUCUACCGCCCGAGAAUCUCCUCGAUGCCAUUGAAGGGGAUCAAUUGGCCUCUUUGGACAAGACCAUCAUCGAAGGGUGGAUUCAACUUCGCGCAGAUUACCGACACGAGCGAAUGCUUUUUAGGUAGACAAUAAGGAUCGCUUUUUUUUACAUUGUUGGAGGUCUGUGUUAUUGUAUUUAUCACUUGGUUAUUGUCGCUCUAAUAAAUAUACGGCAGGUUUUUGCUUGAUAUGAAUAGGA